AUGGAUAUAUUUAAAUUAUGCGAUGAAUUAUUAAACUAUUCAAAAGUUCCUUAUAUAUUGUCUAUAGUUGAUCAUUUCUCAAAGUACAUUUGAGCAUAUUGCUUGGGGAAUAAAACAGCAGAAGAAGUUUUAAAGGAUUUUAAUUUGGCUCUAUCUCCACCAUUAUCAGUCUGUAAAAUCUGACGUAGGUUUGAUAAAGUAGAAUUCUGCAACACAGAGUUAAAUGUUUCUUGCAUUAGAUAUAAUAUUCAAUAUAUUACAAGUUCUCCAUAA